UUGCCUGGCUGGCCCGGCCCUCCUCGCUCCUUCCUUCCUUUCCUUCUCAUCCAUCCAUCUCUUCCUUCCCCUCGCACCGGCCGGAGGAUGGAAUAUCCUCCGGCCACCAAUCCGCCCCUGCCCCUUUUGUUCAUUCCAUGCAUCUCCCCCCCUCUUAUUCGCUCUAGAUCGUUUCCAUUCGAGACAAUGUGGAAGCAGCAGCAGCAGCAGCGACAACGACAACAACAACAAGGAGGAAGACAACAGCACGCAUUCUUUAGCCGCUGCGACCGACCAUGUCCCAGGCUGGCGAGACGCCUGCAUACGACUGCAGACUACGUCAUGUGUAACCUUUGGUAAGAUUAGGCGUGGCAGAGGAGGGGCAUAGGAUGCAGCAGCAUGGGGUAACUGGGUGUGGUACGACUAAGGUAGGUAGGGAGACAGUGGAAUGCAAGGCAGUCAGUCGCCCGAGAGACUCAGGCGGUUCGGGCGCUGAAGCAGCACCUUUUGCAGCAGCUAGCGCAAAGGUGAUAACGACGACGAUGGUGAUAAGUGGAGCGGCGUUCGACGGUACCGUUCCAGACGGCCAGGACCAGCUCUGAAAAGACGUCUUGUCUGAUGAACAUCACCCACUCAUACUGGUGUCCCAAAAAGAGGUAGUGGAUGAUGACAGUAAAUAUCAAUAAGUAUAUAUUCGACGACUGUGGAACAUGCUCAGCUAGCCCAGACGUUGGUUUAUUAAAGCCCAUGAGCUCACGCUUGGUCGUGGCUUACAUCCAAAACAAAGCACCCAGCCAGCCCACAGUCCGAUUGGCCGUCCGUCCUCCGUCUUGUGUCAAGCCCCCUUCCGUUCCGUCCCUCCCUGACGUUACAGUUGGGGGCCAAAAGCCUAAGCUCAUCCGUACACGUGUACAGAUGUGGUUUAAACACAUCCAACUAACACGAGCGCUAGUAUCAUCGGCACCAAGGAUUAAGGAAAUAAGAAGAGAAGCCUUCCAACCUUCCACACCCCCGGCAUGCAAACCCCCCGGUCCCUCCCCUGCCCGUCCCCGUUCUUCUAGAGGGUUCAUGUCAGCCUCCACAACAAAUGGAAGAUCAAGGGACCGGCCUAACUCCUCUUAUUCUCAAAAACCUAUGUCGCUUAGGGCCACAGCUGCCAAGGUCACCUACCCAGCAGAGUAUAGCAACCUCAAUCAUAAAAGGGGGACAAAGGGAAAGGGGGAAUAAGACAGAUUAAGAGACGACAAACUUGACUCGACAAGACAAGACAAUUGAUACGUUAAAUAGAUCUUAAAUCACCC